UUAAUUUCUUGUAAUUUCAUAAGAACGUAUAUGAAGAGCUGGGCAAUGGGGCGAAGUGUAGCAGACCACAGUAGAGCAGGGAGAGGGAGUGCUGGGCAGAGCAGAGUGGGCUGACUGGGAGGUUCAUUCUGGUGCUACCUAAGUUACAUACUGUAGCUUUAGCACAUUGGCUACACUGCUGAUCAUUCAGACAUGUAGAGACUGACAUUUGAACUAUAAAUGUGGGACUGUAUGAAUUUAAAACACUUAUAGAAUGGUAUAACAGAAUGAGAUACUUGUUUAUGCUACAGGCAGUAUAUAACGCUAAAAAGGAAGUUUCCAUUUCCUCUUCUACUCACAUAUUACAAUGAGGACACACAACAAUACAGCUGUUUCCACAUCCUCUGUGUUGCAACCCCCACUACCAGUGUGUACAGCAGGCCAUGGCUGCACCUGAUUCCAUUAAACCCUUCAGCCCAGAUGAGACCCAGAGGAUUCUGCAUCAUCUGCAACAGCCUACCGUCUUCAUGAACAUGACCCGUGGCUGGCCUGCUCUCCGCUGGACUGCAGAGCACCUGUCUGGCUGCCUUAGAGACAAAGUCAUUCGAUUCAGACUUGGGAGAAAAGAAGAGACAAAAAACACACCUUUGUUUGAAACCCAGUGUUCCUACGUGGAGGCCAAGCUGGUGCACUUUCUCAACUGGACCCAAACUCAGUCCAGGGCAGAUGUAGGGCCUUUCUUUGAGUACCCCUACUCAGAAUAUUGGGCCUAUGCUGACUACAAAUACAUCGCAAUGCUGUUUCAAGAUCAGCCUUCUAUGUUUGAGGAUGUAAAGUGGUCUGAGUUUGGUUUUGAAGGACGUGAUGGAAAGGAGAGCACUUUAUGGAUCGGCACAGAGGGGGCCAAUACACCAUGCCACCUGGACUCUUAUGGCUGUAACCUGGUACUGCAGGUACAAGGACGGAAGCGCUGGUACCUGUUUCCUCCAGAGGACACUGCUAACCUCUACCCAACCAGGAUCCCGUACGAGGAGUCCAGUGUCUUCAGCCAAGUGAAUGUGCUCCAUCCAGACCUGAGGAGCUUCCCUUCCUUUCAGAGAGCCAGCGCCCACAUCGUCACUCUGCAGCCAGGGCAGGUGCUUUAUGUCCCUAGACACUGGUGGCACUAUGUGGAAUCCGUGGAUCCCAUCACUGUCAGCAUCAACUCCUGGAUUGAGUUGGGAGAAGAUGACUUUGCAAGAGUUAGUGAAGCUGUGACCAAGGCUGUCGUCUGUGCUAUUAAAAGUGCUCAGAGUGAUGACAGCACUGACAACUGGCUCAACCCCACUGAGGAAGGAGUAGCAUCCCAUAAAGAGAACAUGCAGUAUGUGAACCUGGCACUUAGGGCUUGUGCCCAAAGACAGAAGGACCUCUGCCACAGCAAACUGAACCAGGAGCUGAGAGCGAGUGGUCCAGUCAAGCGGGACUCCAGAGGACAAGUCAAGAAAAACGAUGACUCGAUGAAGGAUUCUGCACCCUUCAAUAUUCCCUUUGGGCCACAUCUCAUCCCUGUGUGCUGUCAGCAAGAGGACUUACCAGAAAAGAGGGGGGUGACCCCUAAAGAUCUGGAAGUUAAAUCUUCCAGGAGCAGUGCAGGCAAAUCUGCUGAGCAUUGUUCUGUCAGCUCAGGUGCAGCUUUGAGAACUGAGCCUACAUCUGCUGUCAGACUCCACCAGGGAAAACAUGAGUGUAGCCCUGGUUUAACUCAAAGUAGAACAUCUGACUGUACUGAUGAGAUGUCAGAGAACUCUUUAGAGGAUUAUGAGGAGUCAAGACAUGUAAUAAUAAGCACUAAUGACCUGUUAGACUGCCUGGUGCAUCCUGAUAUCAUCAGCCAUGUCACUGAGCUUUUACUGGAAAGGCACACAGAAGGUCACAGGACCUCUGCACCACUGUAGCUUUAAUAUUCACCAACUGUAAACAUGUAAUAAGAGUAUGAGGAAGAUGAGCUCUUCCCUGGCCUUGUAAUGCCCUAGUUUCAGGAGUGAUUUCUAGGUCUUGAUCAUAAAAGUAUCUGGAUGAAGCUGCCCAAGCUUUUUUCCUCUUGAUGUCUCACUGGAGUUUGCAGUGACAGCGAUCUAUCCAAGUUAAUGGUAAUGCUUUGGUGUCAGUAAGAGAGGAAAGAUAAAGAUUAAUGCAGAGUUUCACCCUACUUUUCUUUCUCCUUUCAUUUGUUAAGGUCCUCCUGAGAUUGACCCCAGAUGUGAGAAGUCACAGCCAAAACUAAUCAUAAUGCAAUGAGCAAUCCCAUCGAGUGGCUCCAACAUGUCCUUGUGUUGUCCUGCACAUGCUAAUCCAGUUUGGUUCUUCCAGAAUAAGAAAAAUGACCACUGAAAUCAAUCUAGGAUGCUAAUAAGCCCAACAGUGUUUGGUAACAUUCCUGGGAUGUGUGCAUUUCUUUUCUGCAUAAUGCUCGUCUGUCAUUUAUCAAUAGGAAUUGUCAUUGAACAGGCACAGAGGGCUGAUCGUAAUGAUUUGAUGACUGAUGAGCGCUGUGUACAGAGCGGUGAAUAAAAAGAGUGUUCGAUUAGUCUGCUGCCACCGUCACAUCUCAAAGGACAAUGGAAGGAUGAGUAGAAUAAAAGUAAUCAUUCUGAAAA